GACCUGAGAGUGAAGGUCGCGCAGCUGAGCUUAAGUUUUCCCUUCUAGUGUUCAGUCUGUGCUGCGCGGACCCCCUUACUCCAUCUUUAGGGCCUCCGAGGUUCUGCGGCCGUAACAGCCCAGCGCCCGCCGUCCGCCCCAAGUAAAUCCAGAAGUCGCCGUUACAGGUCAACCUCUAAAGACUCAACGUUGUCUGAGGAAGAAGCCCUGAAGAGGAGGGAGAGGAAAGAAAAGGAGUCAGAAAUGGCUCUUUCUCAGGAAUGGUUGACCUUCAAGGAUGUGGUCAUUGAAUUCUCUCAGGAGGAGUGGGAAUGCCUGGACCCUGGUCAGAGGGCCUUGUACAGGGACGUGAUGUUGGAGACCUGCAGGAACCUGAUCUCUGUGGAUAUCUGUCCAAUACAUGUGGUCAAGCAAUUACAACCCAAAGGGAACAGUGAUCCAGGAGAAGUAUUUCAAAGAGUGAUCUUGGGAAGAUCUAAAAGUCGUGAAAUCAAACAUUUUUACCUCACGGAAAUCCAGAAAAAUAUGUAUGACUUUGAGUGUCAUUGGAGAGAUGAUGAAAGAAAUUACAAAGGAAUGCCUAUAACCCAUAAUGGAAAUCUCACUGAUAGGAUAGACCCACAUGGUAGAAGGGAUGCAGGAAUCAAGCCCAUUGGAAAUAGGCUUGGAUUAAACUUUCAGGGUAAACUGCAGGUAUUUCAAACUGACGGGUUAAUUUCUGAAUGUAAUGAAGUUGAGAGGUCCAUCAACAAUAGUUUCUCAUUUUCACCACUUCAAAGAAUUCCUCCUAGUGUCCAAACUAACGUUUCUAAUGUAUAUGGGAAUGAUUUUAUGCAUCCUUCAGUACUGACACAAGAUCAGAAAACACACAGGGAAAGAGAUUUUAAAUGUACUGAGUGUGGGAAAACCUUUAGUCACGGCUCAAUUGUCAGGAAUCAUCAGAUAAUCUAUUCAGAAGAGAUAUUACAUAAAUGUGAUGUAUGUGUCAAGGGCUUUAGUACAGAUUCACACCUUGCAGUUCAUGAGAGCAUUCAUACGGGAAAGAAAUCUUACAAGUGUAGUGAGUGCGGCAAGGUCUUCAGUCAAAAAACGGCCCUUGCAAAUCAUCAGAGAAUUCAUACUGGGGAGAAACCUUUCAAAUGUAACGAGUGUGGCAAAACCUUUAAUCGUUACUCAAACCUCAGUAGACAUAAGAUAAUUCAUACAGGAAAGAAAUUAUAUAAAUGUGAUGUAUGUGGCAGUGUCUUUAGUCGAAAAUCAAACCUUGCAGAUCAUCGGAGAGUUCAUACUGGAGAGAAACCUUAUAAAUGUAACGAGUGCGGCAAGCUGUUCAGUUACAGUUCACACCUCUCAACUCAUCAGAGAAUUCAUACCGGAGAGAAACCGUACAAAUGUAAUGAGUGCGGCAAGGUCUUCAGUGAAAAGGCAACUCUUGCAAAGCAUCAGAGAAUUCAUACUGGAGAGAAACCUUACACAUGUAAUGAGUGUAGAAAGGCCUUUAGUCAAAAAGCACAUCUUCAACUUCAUUGGAGAGUUCAUACCGGAGAGAAACCUUUCAGAUGUGAUGAGUGUGGCAAGGUCUUCAGUCGAAAUUCACACCUUACAAGUCAUCAGAGAGUACAUAUUGUAGAGAGACCUUUCAAAUGUUUUGAGUGUGGAAGAGCCUUUACUGAGGUCUCAACCCUCACUAAACAUCAGAAAAUCCAUACCUGAGAGGAAUUGUGUAAGUGUGAUAUAUGUGGGAAGGUCUUUAAAUCUCAAAGUAGAAAAGAAACUAUACAAAUAACACGAGUGUGGCAAAGCUUUUAUGUGUGUAAGCCUCACUUAGGAUCAGAUAAUUCAUACCAGAGUGUUAUAUUACAAAUGCAAUGAGUGUCUCAAAGUGUUUAGUCAAAAUGCUCACCUUAUGAUCCAUGACAGAAUUCGUAUUGGAAGGAACUGUGAGAAAUGUAAUGAGUGUGGUAGGUUCUUAAGUGUGCUUUCAGGCCUAACUUGCCAUCAGCUGACGUAUACUGGUGAGAGCCCUUAAAAAUAUAAUGAAGGUUGUAAUGCUUUUAGCAGCUGUUCACAUCUUAGGCUUCCUGAGAAUAUUCAUACUGGAUAGAGCCGAGAUACAUGUAUUUAAUGUGGUCAGGCCGUUGAUAAUGCAUUCUGGAAAGAAUCCUCACCAGUGCCAUGAAUGUGAGAAAUCUGUUCUCAUGGCUCACAUCACACCAAUAAUCAGGCAGUCUGCACUGGACAGAACAUUACAAAUGUACUGAAUUCUGCAAAGCUUUUAGGUUGUGCCUUAAACUCAGGGAUCAUCAAAUACUUCAUUCUUUAAAAUGCAGUGAAUAUGUCAAAAUUUAAUAUAUUGCUUACUCGUACUUAAAUACCAGAAUAUUUAUCAUGGAGAGAAACUGCACAAAUGUAAUGUGUGUGGCAAGGAUUUUACCCAAACAUCACAGUGUGUUUUACCCAGCAUACUAGAGCGAUAACUCCCAAAUGCAAUGGGUGUGGCAAAUCCUUUACGUUGAGUUCAAGUAUUAGGGAGCAGCAGAGAGUCCAUAUUGAAGAGAAGCCAUGGAAAUGUGAAUCGAGGCUUUAUCCAGGCCUCCCAUGCACUGAACUUUAGAAUACACAUCUUUAAGAGAAACCACACAAAGCAAUAUGCGUGCUAAGGCUUGUAACUGAAGAACGAAACUGUGGAACACAGGAUUCAUGUUGGAGAACAAGAUUUCAAAUGUUACGAAUGUUGUAAAUAUGGAUACAUCCAGUAAGUUUGAUGUAAUGAGAGAAUU